ACGAUUGUUUGAAAGUCCAACACUACCAGGAGGUUCUGAAAUUGUUUGUGUAAAAGACAAGUUUUGUCAUGUUAACCUUUACACUGAAUACAAAUCGUCACCACACUGUUUACCACCAGUGUUUCAAAGUGAUGCACCCUGUACAGUGUUUGGACCCAAAGAAAUGGAUUUUUUUCUGAGUGGAAUUGGUACAGUUUGUCAUUCUGAUAUUGCUUACAGUACAGGUGGCUUAGCAGUUGGAACUAAAACGGAAGUUUGUUUUCAAGCAACCCAAGACGGAGAGACCAGAUGUUAUUUAUUACAUAUAGUUGCCGAUAGUAAAGAUCCUUGUUCAUCCAAUCCAUGUCAGAAUGAUGGUUUAUGUGUUGCCUCAUCAAAUGGUACACAUUCAUGUAUGUGUAAAUUAGGUUUCUAUGGAAAAAAUUGUGAAAUAGGUAGUUGUCCUGCAACAACAUCUAAUCAACAAUAUUGCAAAAAUGGUGGACAUUGUCACACAGAUAGUAUCAUGAAAACAUGUUUCUGUAGACUCGGGUAUAUUGGGCCACACUGUGAACAGAAGACCACAAGUUUAACAAAUCCUGCAACAAGUGGCGCUAAGUUCAUAGGAUCAUCAUUACCAAAAUCAAUUAAAUGUCAUCUUGAAGAUCCAUGUGAAAUACCAUCUGUGUUGAUUGGAGAUACUAAUGCAAAACCUUCAAUGAAGAAAGGUUUUGUGGAUGCCAGUGUACAAGUUCUUGGCCUGAAUUUUCUACAGGAUAAAAAUAACACAUAUGUAUAUUAUACUGUUACUUCUAUACUGCCAAAGAAAAUAGGAAACCAUAAAGUUUGUGUACAAAAUGUGAAUGCUGCUGGUCAAACAGCUGAUGAAUUAUGUUAUUCAAUAGAAGUUACAGCUGAACCAUCUAAACCAGUUUCUCAUACAAAACCACAGUUCAUUGCCCCUACUUUACCAGAUGGAAGUAGUAUUGAAUGUUCAGUUGGUAAAGCUUGCCAUACACGUUUAUGGAUGAAGAGCCAAAUAUAUAAUUCAAAUUGCCCAAUGAUAGAGUCUAAUAUGAAUGCCCAGGAUGGAAUCUUUGUUUUCCAGUCAGAUACAGACCCAAGUCCAUGUUCUACUGAUGUGUCAAUACACACAGAAAUAGAAAGAACAAUAACUGUUUGUUUUACUUUAAAUACUCCUCCUGGAAAAUUUGGACUAGUACACGGAGGAGAAGGGGAGAAAAGGUGUUACAACAUUACAAUAACGAAAGCAACAUUACAUGCUAGAGGACCCUGCAGCAGACUGAUUUGUAUGAACCAAGGUUUCUGCAACGGCAAAGACAGUAACGGAUUCUGUCAGUGUCCAUCUGGAUAUUCGGGACUUACCUGCCAGCUUGCUCAUGGUAAUUCACUCACAGCUCCGCACUCACAGCCGGGUGCCAGUUUUGGAGACCAUGUAUUACCACAGAAGGUAGUAUGUGUUUUGCAUGAGGAAUGUUAUAUUCCAUUUACGGUCACAUCAAGUGCUCAACAACCUUCAGUAAGAUAUGGAACUGUUGAAGCAGGCCUGUCAUCAAAAAAGAUAACAGUAAUACAAGAUCCCAAAAAUCCUGGUACCUUCCUGUGUUAUGUGAUUGUUGUCGGUACAACAACUGGUGUACACAAAACCUGUGUACAAACAGGCGAUACUAGAGAGUUAACUAGCGAUGAAUUCUGUUUUGAGGUUGAAAUUAAAUCUCCAGAUUCUUAUCAGCAUCAAGUGGAAACAAGUCAGCCCUACUUUAUCACGCCAACAAUACCACAUGACUCUAUAACACAAUGUGUACCAGGGAAAUCAUGUCAUGCUUUAUUGUUUAUGUCUGGUGGAUUUUACCCGAACUGUCCCUUUGUAAAACAGACAGAGGGGCCAUCGAACGACCUGCAUAUUUUUACAUCUGCUGAUAAUACUAACUUGAUUGGUAAUUGCACGACAGAUGUAACGUUUACCCCACCUGCAGGAUCAACAGGAAAAUACAGAUUCUGUUUCAAUACAUUUCUUCGAAAUAUACCAGGAGAAACUCGAUGUUUUUAUGUGAUAUACAUGGAAUAUACGCCUGUACCAAUAAGAAACGAGCAUUUUCCACUUGGUUGCACUGACUACGAGGAUAUAAAUUUUAGCUGCCGCAAUUGGAACAAUUCUAUUGGAAUAUGUAGAACAACUUACGGUCCUGUUCAUACAAUAGCCAGACACAGAUGUCCAAGAUUCUGUUCAUUAUGUCAAAGUAGUAUAGGAGCUCCUCAAUCACAACUUCUUCCAACAAUUGCAUCUGGAACUUGUGGUAAUAUACUUGGUAAUGACUGCCUAACGAUUAAUAUAACCAACAUAUGCAGAAACACAUUUGGACAGAAGUACUGUGCAAAACAUUGUAACCAAUGCACAGAAUCUGUUGGUCUUCUGCCAGAUCUUGGUUCCUUGUUUGGACGUAAAUAA